AUGGGCUACAGCUACUACUACGGCCUGGGCGGCCUGACCUUUGCCCUCACGGUUGUCGGACUGUAUAUGCUCUUCCAUGGAGAGGGUGAAGCAUUCAAUGUCGGUCUCUUCCUUGAGACGGUCUCACCAUACGCUUUCGCAAACAUAGGCAUUGCACUGUGUGUUGGAUUAUCGGUUGUCGGCGCAGCAUGGGGUAUCUUCGUCACAGGCUCCUCGAUUAUCGGCGGUGGUGUCAGAGCUCCCAGAAUACGAACCAAGAACUUGAUCUCCAUUAUCUUUUGUGAAGUUGUGGCUAUCUACGGCGUCAUCAUGUCCAUUGUCUUCUCCUCCAAGCUCGCAUACGUACCGGAGGAGAACCUGUACACAGGCAGCAACAUGUACACGGGAUACGCGCUGUUCUGGGGUGGUCUGAUUGUUGGAUCCUGCAAUCUCAUCUGCGGUGUUGCAGUCGGCAUAAACGGAAGCAGUGCUGCGCUCGCUGAUGCGGCUGAUUCCAGCUUAUUCGUCAAAAUCCUCGUCAUCGAGAUCUUUAGCUCCAUUCUCGGUCUCUUCGGUCUCAUCCUUGGCUUGCUUGUUGCCGGAAAGGCGAAUGAAUUUAAGUGA